UUCACAAAUUUUAUAUAUUGGAAAAUCAUUAAUGUCGGUCGCAUUGAUUAAACAACGAAUAAUAUGAGAUUAUAUUUCAAUCAAGUGCCGUAAAUUCGUAUUUAGCCGUAUAAAGCCGUGCACGUUUCUCUGAUAAGGAUGAGCUACUUUAAACCACAAUAAUGAUGAUCAAACGUACAUAAAUUCAUUACACAUAACGGGAGAAAUUGAUAACAAUUAAUAAAAUUAACUCGAUGUGCUAUUCAAAAAAAACUUCAAUAUAGAGUGAUAUUAUAAAGUUUUCCGGGAUACACUUUAAAUAUUGAAAACAAUCACAACAAUUACAAAUUGACAACAUUAUUGACAACAAUUACGAAUAUGAAUAACGUGACUUUGCAACGUGUAUACAAUUGUAGUGUGUGGAUUUUGGAACUUAAUAUUACCUUGCUUUUAAAAGGAAAUCAUGGCGAAUUUCGUCACUAUGUCGAGGAAGCAUUGAAUAAAUCAACUCAACCUAAUAUCCUUCGAGAGGCGCUCUCGGAUUGUAUUUUCAUCAAUCAGGAACGGCCAUUUAAUUUACCAUGGUGGCAGAAGCUCUUUUGGUCGCUGAUAUUCGCGGUGAUACUACUGAUCGCAACUGGUGGCAAUAUCAUCGUUAUGUGGAUCGUACUUGCUCAUCGGCGAAUGCGUACCGUCACUAAUUACUUCUUGGUGAAUCUCUCCGUGGCAGAUCUUAUGAUGUCAUUACUCAACUGCGCCUUCAACUUUAUCUUCCUCCUCAACUCUAAUUGGCCCUUCGGAGUAGUAUAUUGCACUAUCAACAACUUUGUAGCACAUGUGACUGUCGCUUCUAGCAUUUUUACUCUCGUUGUAAUUUCAUUUGACAGAUACAUGGCCAUUAUGCAUCCUCUUAAACAUCAUAUGUCUCGCAAGAGAACGGUGAUUACUUUAAUUUUAAUCUGGGGCAUUUCAUCUGCAUUAGCGAUUCCGUGCCUUUUAUAUUCUACAACAUCAUCACGCAGAUAUUCUCAUGGAACAACCAGAAUUUCGUGUUAUCUUUUAUGGCCUGAUGGAGAUUAUUUACAUAGUAAAACAGAAUAUUGCUACAAUCUACUAUUCCUCACUGUAACAUAUCUGGUUCCUAUGACAGUGAUGGCUGUCUGUUAUGCGUGUAUGGGACGAAAAUUAUGGGGUUCAAAAUCUAUCGGCGAACUUACACACUAUCAAAAAGAGUCGAUGAAAUCUAAACGUAAGGUUGUAAAAAUGUUUAUCAUUGUAGUGACAAUAUUUGCGGUAUGCUGGCUGCCAUAUCAAGGGUUCUUCAUUUUUGUGUAUCAUUAUCGUCAUUUCACAGAAAGCAGUUAUGUACAACACGUAUAUUUAGGUUUCUAUUGGUUGGCCAUGUCUAACUCUAUGGUUAAUCCGAUAAUAUAUUACUGGAUGAAUAGCAGAUUUCGAGUUUACUUUGAUCUAGUAAUCUGCAAAUGUUGCUGCGUAGUGGAUCGGACAAAUGUGCGACGUCGUGAAACACAAGAAUUGACAGGACUUCAACGCUCAGAAUUAGUACCAUGCAAUUCAGGUCGUUUCAAAUCGACCUCCAUCAGGUGGCGACAGAGCAUGGCAGAGAGCCAGGUACAAACGUUUAAAACGAAUAGAACAAUGUGUAAUAGUCUUCAGCUUAAAGAGGAUGUUGCUAUAAUUUGAAUCGAGUAUUAAUUUAAUUUCACAUUACAAAAAUACAUUCACUAAAGAUGAUAUUCUAAUAUUACCUCUUUCUUGUGUUUCACACAAUGAGCUUUAUUAAAAACA